GUUAAAAACCUUAGUGUCCAUUUUGGCCCUUCUCCCUUCUUAUCCCUUCUUCUGUCAGACAGAUUGUGCAAGAGUUCACAGCAGAAGCAGAGCCACCACUCCCUCCUCGUAAUCCGACUAAACUACUGAGAGGUCAUUCCCGGAGCCCUAACGGCGACUCCUGUACUUCUCUCUCCAGGUUGUGUGCGGCUCUGACGGCUACUCCUAGUAUUCCGUCUCCAGGUCGUGGGCGGUGGCCUAACCAAGACUUUUGGUUUACCGUAUUCGGGUUGUGUGCAGCAGCCAUCCGUCUCCAAUGACGGCAUGGCGGAGUAGAUAAGGAUGAGGACGCACUACCCAGAAAAGAGUAUAUAAAGUUAUUCGUUCAUGCUCCAGAAAAGAGAAUAUAAAGUUAUUGCGGUCAUGAUCCAGAAAAGAGCAUACAAAGUUAUUCCCAUAAUGAUUCAGCCUCAAAGAAUAAAGGCAUUUAUUGGUAUGGCGAUCCAGCAUGCUCCUCAAGGUAUAACCAUAUCUCUCUUCAGAUGCUGUUGUGAACGUGGGAAUGUGUAUGCUGCUAUACAAGAAAUGGGGCGUAGAAAGUAUGGGAGCUCAAGUUUUUCAGACACGGGUUGUAGUGCUGGAGAGGAUAGGGAGAGCUGUAAAUUUGAUGAUUUGUACGAGUCUGAAGAGUCAGAAAAGGAAGAUGGAGAAGAGAGUGAUGAUGAUGAGAUUGGUGAUGAUUUUAAGAUUUUGGAUUCUUUUGAUAGGAAUCAAAAGCAAAGUAAUUGGCGUAAAGAGAAAAUUGACGAGGUGGAGGAUGAAAUGAAACACCCUUUGGUAAAAGAAAUAUGCAGAUUAGUUCAGUUGAGAUCAUUAUGGACUCUAAAACUUGAGGGGGAUCUGAGGCGUUUAUUGAGAAGCUUAACAGCUCUUCAAGUUUGUGCUGUUUUAAGGUCUCAAUCUGAUGAAAGGGUUGCUUUGAUGUUCUUCUAUUGGGCAGACCGUCAAUGGCGAUAUAGGCAUGACUCGGUCGUGUAUUAUGAGAUGCUUAGAAUUCUAAGCAAGACAAAGUUGUGCCAAGGAGCUAAGCGUGUUCUCCGGCUAAUGUCUCGAAGAAGAAUCAAAUGUCACCCCGAAGCCUUUGGUUAUGUGAUGGUUUCUUUUAGUCGAGCUGGACAUAUGAGGAAAGCAUUGCAGGUUCUCACUUUGAUGCAGAAAGCAGGAGUAGGUCUGGAUUUAAGCAUAUGUAAUACUUCGAUUUAUGUUUUAGUGAAGGGGAAUAAGCUGGAGAAGGCGUUGACGUUUUUGGAACGCAUGCAAGCAGUUGGAAUCACACCCAAUGUGGUCUCUUAUAAUUGCUUAAUUAAGGGUUACUGCGAUGUGCAUCAUGUUGAAGAUGCAUUGGAGCUUAUUGCUCAAAUGCCAUACAAGGGUUGUCCGCCCGACAAAGUGAGUUACCACACUGUGAUGGGAUUUUUGUGCAAGGAGAAUAGAGUCAAUGAAGUAAGAGAGCUAAUGGAUAAGAUGACGAUUGAUAGUAAUUUACGUCCCGAUCUGCUUACUUUUGAAACUCUUGUACAUAUGUUUUCAAAGCAUAGUCAUUCCGAGGAAGCAUUAAACUUUUUAAGGGAAGGAGAAUCCAGAGGGUUUUGUAUAGACAAAGUUGGGUACAGUACAGUAGUAAACUCAUUCUGUAAAGAGGGAAGGAUGGAUAGGGCGAAAGAGGUAGUUAAUGAGAUGAUUUUAAAGGGAUGUAUUCCUGAUGUGGUGACUUACACUGCUGUGGUGAAUGGAUUUUGCUGUUUGGGAGAGGUUGGUCAAGCGAAAAAGCUAAUUGAACAGAUGAACAGACAUGGUUGCAAGCCAAACACUGUUUCCUACACAUCUUUUUUGAAUGGGCUAUGUAAAAAUGGAAGAUCUUCUGAAGCAAGAGAGAUUAUGAACAUGAGUGAGGAUGGCUGGUGGAAGCCUAAUGCUGUGACCUACAGUGUUUUGAUGCAUGGUUUUCGUAGAGAGGGAAAGCUACCCGAGUCUUGUGAUAUAGUAAGGGAAAUGAUAGGAAAUGGGUUUUUUCCUUCUCCCGUUGAAAUCAACCUACUUGUUCAAGCUCUUUGCAGAGAGGGUAGAAUGGUUGAGGCGAAGAAGUUUUUAGAAGAGUGGAUGAGAAAAGGGUGUGUUGUAAAUGUGGUAAAUUUCACUACUCUGAUUCAUGGUUUCUGCUUAAAGAAUGAUUUGGAUUCCGCUCUAUCCGUUCUGGAUGACAUGUAUUUGAUUAAUAAACAUCCAGAUACUAUUACAUAUACAACGAUCAUAAAUGCAUUAGGAAAGAAUGGUAGGAUUGAAGAGGCGAUUGAAAUGACGAAGAAAAUGAUCCAUAAAGGUUUGAUUCCUACUCAAGUGACAUACCGUACGGUCAUUCAUCAGUUUUGUCAUCACGGCCGGAUAGAUGAUCUUGUAAAGCUGUUAGAGAAGAUGUUGCGGAGACAAGGUUGCAAGACUGUGUACAAUCAAGUCAUUGAAAAGUUGUGCAAUUUUGGAAAUCCUGACGAGGCUUAUAAGCUUUUGGGUAAAGCUCUUCAGACGGCUUCAAGAAUCGAUGCAAAUACCUGCCAUGUUCUUAUUGCGAGUUUUCUGAAAAAAGGAAAUGCUUUAUGCUCAUACAAGGUUGCCUGUCGAAUGUUCAAGCGGAAUCUGAUUCCUGACUUAAAGUUGUGCGAAGCUGUGAAGGAGAAAUUGAUGUUAGACGGGAAAGUAAAUGAGGCAGACAAACUUAUGAUUCUUUUAGUUGAGCGUGGAUGCAUUUUGCCUAAACAUCAGCAGCGGUUGACUUGAGAUGCAAUUAGCAGUAUUGAACUUUUCAUAUUGUGUUGAUAGUAACAAGGUUAUUAUCCUGGGGACAGCGGAUUUUGGAUUUUAUUACUGAAAACUAUGGAAUUCCAUUCAACAUUUGCCGUGUUGCAUAUUGGGUUUUGCCUGCUGCAGUUCUUUUAUCGAAAGGACUUCCAAAAAUUUCUAGUACGACAUGCAAUGCGAGGAAGAAAGUUGAGAUUUUGGUUAUGUGAAAGGCGAGGAACUAAUGAUUGAAGUUUCAUCAAGGGAUCAAGUAGUGCUUUGAGCUCAUCAAGUAGACAUUCAAAGAUGUUACGUUUCGAGGGGAAGACUAGUAAAACAUGUUUGGAAGGAAACACAAGCAAGAAGAUGAAUCUUGCGGAAGGAGGGAGACAGUUUCUACUAUACAUAUAUAUAUAUAUAUAUAUAUAUAUAUAUAUAUAUAUAUAUAUAUAUCAAUUUGUCAGAUCUGUUCAGAAUAUUGCAACUAAGCACCAUCUAGAUUGGUAAUUUGGUGACUUGUAAGGUAUACUUUGAGCACUUCAAAUCCCUUUAAUUUGGAGCUUUUCAAGUCUUCAUCCUUUCAAUUCCAAGUCCCAACUAUGUUACUGUCGGUCCCAAUUUUUGUCUUCCAUCUAUCAUCAAGAAAUAA